GUACUACAGAGUAACUCAUCAUGAAGCUCAAUUUCCCUGGAGAUAGGGGUAAUCUGUAUGUUUCCGUAUGUGCAGCGAACUUAGUGGCAAUCUCCAUAGGCACACACUACAGCUGGACCUCACCCGCGCUGCCAAAAUUGGAAGCUCCCGGUUCGUUUAUUCACUUAACCAGUAAUGAAGCUUCAUGGGUGGGCUCACUGACGGCUCUUGGGACAAUAUUCGGCCCAUUCCUCGGCGGUUGGGUGAUGGACAAAUUGGGAAGGCGGUGGACUUUGAUGCUAGCCGAUGUGAUCAACCUACUCGCCUGGGCUGUACUACUCACUGCCACUUCUGCCUGGCAUAUUUAUAUGGGCCGCUUCUUGGGCGGUUUCUCCGGAGGUUUCGUAUACAUCGGAAUUCCAGUCUAUGUAGCCGAGAUAUCUGAGCCACAAGUCAGAGGUCCUGUGGGCGCCAUAUUCGCUUUUCUACUUGUGGGAGGAUUUCUCAUGGAAUUUCUUUUUGGCCCAUAUGUCUCCUAUUCAACACUCAUCUAUAUAAACUUCAUACCACCAGUUUUAUUCCUUUUAUUUUUUAGCUUAAUCCCAGAAUCUCCGCAUUAUUUUAUUCGUAAGAACAAAAUGUCAAGGGCCUUAGAUAGUCUCACCUGGCUUAGAAAAGGCCGCUCGCUCCAAGAAGUGCAGAGAGAGUUCACCGAGCUACAGGAUGCAGUCCACCAAUCAACGGCAGAGAAGGCCAAUGUGUCAGAUCUGGUGAGAGUUAGAGGUAACCGCAAAGGUCUGAUUAUCUCCAUCUGUCUACUGUGCGGCCAGCAACUCAGUGGCAUUAACGUAGUUCUAUUCUACGCUCAGAGUAUCUUCAUAAUGUCCGGUACUUCCAUCUCAUCCAGCGUGUCUUCCAUUGUACUUGGCGUAGUCCUCUUUGCAGUUCAAGGACUGGCAGUUCCUCUAACCAAGUUGUUUGGCGUAAAGAACAUGAUGGUCGUGUCGGCAGCAGGGAUGGCAGUAUUCCAGUUUUCGUUGGGUGUUUUCUUCUACUGCAUCUACAAUGGCCACAAUAUGUCUUCCUAUCCGUGGUGGCCGCUUGCCAGUCUAGUAGGUUAUAUCAUCAGUUUUGGUACAGGUUUCGGAAGUCUGCCGUACACCGUGAUGGGCGAAAUGUUCCCAUCCAACGUGAAGAGCAUUGGAUCUGCUAUAUCGGCUGGGAGCAGCUGGUUUAUGGCUUUCUUGGUCACCCUGUUUUUCAACAACAUCUCCGAAAGCUUGGGUCCUCACUUUGCAUUCUUCAUUUUGUCCAUCUUCUGCAUCAUAUCUUUUCUCUUCACUAUUCUCUUCGUGCCUGACACAAGAGGGAUGACUCUCCAGGAGAUCCUGGACUUGCUCAACAAUCAGCGAGGUGCUAAAUCUAAAGCUUGAUCUGAUGGUGCGGUGUUGCAGUAUUUAUCGUAUUAUCAGACUGAUUAUUUGUAAUGUGUAUUUAAUUUACUGUGAUAUAUUGUGGAUGUUUGUAGUAGUAGUAGUAUCUUUUAAAAUUAUUUAUUUAUAAAAUGAUGCAGGUUUCAUAAAUGCACAACUUGAACUUCGUGUGUAUAUGAACCUACCAUUGCAGCACAAUUUUCAUAACAUAUAGCUGCUAGUAGGUCCAGCAGAAUAUUAAUUGAUUAUUCGUUUUUCUUUUUCUAAACUUAAAGGUAUGUUUAAUAAAUAAUUUUAAACUAAAUUAUCAAAUUUAUGUGUAUUAUAAAUGUAUAAUAUGAUA